CCCACUUCCUCCGCACAAGGCGGGCUGCCGGCCGAGGAGGGGCAGCGGUUCCCCCGUCCCCCCGUCCGCGCCGAGCCCCCAGCCGAGCCCGUAGCGAUGCGCCGGGGGAGGCACCGCGCCGCAGCCGCAGGAAGGCCAGCUCACCUCUCCCGUGGGGACAGCGGCACCAACGUAUAAAUGGCCUCCAAACGGUACUCGCAGUCUGCAGGCCCUGUGAUUUUCAAGAAGCUGCCUCGUCUGGCGCCCGCCCCCAGCUUCCUGCCCAGCAAAAUCCCAGGCACAUCCAGCCCCGUGCCCCAGCCUGGCUCUGAAAACCAUUUCAGCUACAAGGGCUCCUACUUUGCCUGCCCGCUGCAGAGCCCCGAGGGCCCCAAGCAGCCCCCGGCUGGCUGGAGCCCCACGCCCGCCUACCUGCACUACGGCCCCGGUGCCCUGAGCCAGCCUGUGCCGGCCGAGGGGCCACUGCUGGGCUUCCUGCUGUACGCACCAGACAGCCUGGGCUCCAGGCUGCAGCCCCCGGACACCCAGAAGAGCAAGGACAGCCUGAUAAGGAUGGGCCAUCCCCCAGCAGCCCGUUCCUGGAAGCAAGUUGUCCCUCUGCCCAGAGCCAGAAGAAUGUGCCAGAGGUGCCCAGCCUCAGCCUGGAGCCCUGGCCCAAGCUGCAGCCACCUGACAGCAGCCCAGUGAUCCAGGAGAGGUCAGCAAUGUGCUACCCACCUCCCCCCUACCCGCUGUCACCCCACAGAUCUGGCCCCCUCUACCACCCCCCAGCUCCCACUGAGGGAGAGCCCAGUGCCCUGCCCAGCUUUGGCUACGUGGGAAGCAGGGAGCCCUUGGCCAGCACCUACCUCAAGGCCCAGGAGCCCAGGAGUUACUUUCCCAGCCCCUUGGAGCCCUACGUGCCCGGGACAAUGGGCAAUGCUAGGAGUGCCUUCAUGAUCCAGAGGGAUUGGCUGAGCUCCCUGUGAUAGCUCUAGGUGGUCUGUAGCUGCACAGGGAAUUUGGCAUAACAGACACCAGCUCACCCAGCCUAGCUCGUUAGGCAGUAGCAGUAACCAAGUCCCCAGGUCUGGGACUGAUAGGCUGGGCUCAAGCUCACACAAGGGGAGCCCAGGCAGUCCCUUUGAACCGUGACUGCACCCAAAUCACUGCCAGUGAGCUGGGCAGAGUUAUGACCUUUAUCCACUCAUGUCCAUAAGAGCAGGACGUUCAAAGCCCCUCUGGAAGGGGGUGCACUUCAAUAGGAGUUGGCUGCUGCUGCAUGAACCUCGCUGUGUGUGUCACAUUCCUGUCUCUACCAUCAGCCACAGUCCGCUGUUUGAACUUAAUCCAACCUAUCACAGGGGACUUGUUUCCCUCUAUCUUUUAACGAGCUCGGCUGGCUGAGUUGGUGUCUGUUAGGCCAAAUGAUCUGUGCAGCUCUAGGCCAGCUGUAGCUGUCCCAGCUGCCCCUUUCUGUUCUAAAACACGCAAGGUGCUCUCUGUCAUCCCUCUGCAAGGGCCCUUUGCAAACAGGAUGGCAGGACAGCAUGGUGAUACAGAUGAUUCUGCUCACCUCAACAAGGCCAGCAUCUCUCAGCCAGUGAUGUGUCUCUCAUACCAUUGGAGUUGUAGCAUUCAUCCCCAGGAGCUGUCAGGAGGGAUCACCAACAAUGCAAGCUUUGAACCUGGCGUGCCACCGGCACAACACUUGGAGGUUAUAGACUUAGAACUUAAUGCUAUGAACUG